AUGUUGUUGGCUUAUGAUGGCAUGAAGACUGCGUUUGCUGCUAAACCUCUUCCAUUUGAGUCUAAAGAGUUUGUGGUGAAAUUGACUGAGAGUAAUGAGCGUGAACAGGAAUUUAAGGUGAACAUCAAGUUUGUGUCUAGAAAAGAUCUGCACCAUUUGAGACACUUUUUAAGUGGUAGACAACAUGAUAACCCCCAAGAGAUCAUUCAAGAUCUUGAUGUUGUUCUAAGGGAGGCAGCUUCAAUAAAUGUCCGUCAAAUAGUUGGUAGAUCUUUAUUUAGCACUGAAUUUGGGAAAGGUAUGCUUGGUGGUGGAAUUGUAUAUUGUAAACGAUUUUUUAUCAGAGUUCAACUUAAGACUUCGACUGUUGUGCAGAUAUACCUUUUGCUCCAGACAUCUGAAUCUUGUGAUAAUCAUUUGAAGGUUGUUGGUGAUCCUAUGGAAACAUUACAAGAUAUGUUUGACUGUUUGAGAUUGGAAUUCCCUGAAAUUCGAGUUGUGGUUUUGCAGGCUGAUAACGUAUUUAAGGAGUUUGUUUUGCGUGAGCUUAGUGCAGUUGCUGGUGCUAUCACAAACGCGUGUAUCAUGGUGGCUAAACUUGUGGGCUUUGUCAUCGGACCAUCGGGCAUAAGUUGGCUAAAAUCUGUAUUUCUUCAGACAGAAGGACUACCCACUCUUUUUGGCUUGCUUGUAACAUUUUAUGUGGGAACAAAGGUACAUGUACAUUCCUCUUGGGGAUCUGGAAGGAAGCUUUUAAAUGUGUGGGUUGUCUUAACAUUUGUUGCCAUAUGGCAUGAUCUCGAAUGGUAUUUAAUUUUGGCUGCAAGAGAUGAGUUCAAAAGAAGAAGAAGAAACAAGGCUGCAACUAUAGUUCAGAAAGCAAAUCUUACACUCCAAUGUCUAUGGAGAUCAAAGGUAGCAAGGAAAGAAUUAAGAAUGUUGAAGCUGGCUGCAAGAGAUUCUGGAGCCCUUAGAGAAGCUAAGGACAAACUGGAGAAGUGA